AUGGGCUGUGGACCGUCCUCAGAGGCCAAUGAGCAAUUCGUGCGCUUGGUCUUCACGACACAGCCCAUGGUGGAAUGCAUGUGUUGUCCAGGGUUGAAGCAGGUGAACGGCGCGAUUCCGAGCUGGUUGCCCCAGGCAAGCUACUCCAGGAUCUUGGAGAUCUGCGCUCCAUACCACGCCUGCAUCUACUGCCAGAUGGACUGCUGUGGUGCACCAUUGUGUGAGAACCCCUUUGCGCAGGCGAAUGCUCCGCUGCAGCAGCUGGAGAAGGAGCUGCCCAGCUAUCAUUUUAGCUUCUCUGCAGAGUGGAUCGGCUUCGGAAAGAAUGCCAACUGGCAACACGUUCUGGAAAUCCGGCCGGGCAUGACGGUGGGACAAGUUCUCGGGAUCGAGGCGCCGGCCCAGGGCAACAUGUGA